UCCGGCCUAACACGUACGUGACAUAUUUUGACACCCAGAAGUGCCGUCACUCCUGGGAGAGAGAGAGAUAUAUGGUGUGAGCUGAUGCUGUAUUAUUAUGUUCUAGCUGACAUGGAUUAUGCAAUGGACGAUGACAUCUGCGUCCUGACCCACGAGAAAGCCGUACGGAAACCCUUUUAAGACGGUCGAGGACGGAGUACUGAAGGCUGAGGGACCGAGAAAUAACACUUGAGGGGAGUGGCCAGGUUAGAGGUGUGACUGCAGCCUCUGAACAUGUGCGGAAACAACAGGCGAGCCUGCCUGCAUUCCACUUCCUUAUGAGAGCGCAUACAGGAGACUUCUCCUGAGAAUGUCCUAAAAGCGUUUCCGUACUGGUGUGAUGUCACAUCCCUCCUGCAUCUUGAUCGCAUAGCCGGGACAACACAACUUCCUGGAAGCGGCUCCAUUCGAUUAUUUAGUGUAAUGAAGUGUGAAAUUUUCCCGUCGGGAUUAAGAGGAUAGUUGCAGCAAAACUUUAAGCACAAACGAAUAUCAUAGAUUGUAAGAAAGGCGUCCACCUGGGUUUUAUAUUUAAUUUGUCACAGGUUACAAAAGAAUAAGAAAAUGUACAGACCAAGAAAACGUGGAAGGAAUUUAAGAAGCAGCCACUACCCGUAUUAUAGAAGAUAUACAUAUGACUCUUCUGAUUACUUUUCUAAAGAUGAUGAGCUGUUUGAUAUGAAGAGGGCAAAAGGACCUAUGCAGGCCAAUCCUCGAUAUGGACAUAAAUGUGACGUUUGUAAUAUUGUUUGUACAUCUGCUUAUCAACUGGAUGAACAUUUAUUAGGAGUUAAACAUAAGGCAAAUGCGGAAGAAAAUAUCUCUUCAGAAGAAGCAGAAAAUACUUCAGUAGAGACAGAGAAACUGGACAGUCCAGAAUACAGUGAAGAAUGCAAGUCGGAAGAAAGAAGCGAGAAUAAGGACAGUGCAUUAUUAGUUAUACAGACCAAUAAAGAGCUUUAUCAGUUUCUGGAAUAUUUUGAAGUGGCAAGUGACUCUGAUGUCUCCUUCAUCUUAAAAGUUGCAAAAGGUUUUCGGUGUGCCCUCCAGAAGUUUAAGAGUGGUAAUUUGGAAAAUGAGGUGUGUCAAGAAGUAGUGCCUAGUAGCGAAAGAAGCUUUUCUGGAGAUUCUGAAGCCAGCACUGCUAUGAAAACACCAAUGGAGAGUGAAAGUAUGUCGCUGGAAGAUUUAGUUCCAACUUGCAGUGAUGAAGAGGAUACAUAACAUAAAUGUAUAUGUCUUUAUAACUCUCCAUAUACAAUAUUUCUUUUAAGGUAUUCCAACUCCAAAAUUGUUUAUACCUUUUCAUUUGUAGUAUGCACUGUUUAUAUAUUGAAAUAUUUUUUUCAAGUUUUUUUCUUUAAAUGAAACUGCUACAGAGCAAACUACAAUGGUUGGUCAAUUAUUUAUACAGUGUAUUAGUUUACAAAUGCUGAAGGUUUUUGGUGAACAAGAUCCAUUUGCCAAUAUGGCAGUUUGUUCAUCAUCCUGCAGAUGGUCACUUUGCCCAUUGCUGGCUAUCCUGCUGUAAGUGUUUUUUAAAGGUGUCCUAUCACCCAGACAUAAAAAGCUAUAUAAUAAAAGUCCUUUUCAAAUUCAAAACAAA